AUGGAUAUGGCUGGGCCCUCGGCUUUAAAGGCAGCUGACUUCCAAAUUUGCAUCACAGUGAUAGAAGCUCGGCAAUUGGCCGGGCUCAAUAUGGACCCCGUUGUUUGCGUUCAAAUCGGCGAACAACGUAAAUACACCAGCGUAAAAGAGAGUACCAAUUGUCCUUAUUAUAAUGAGUACUUCGUGUUCGACUUCCACAUGCCACCAAUCAUGCUUUUCGACAAGAUAAUAACGCUUUCGGUUCGACACUCCCGCAAUAUUCUCCGCUCUAAUAAGCUGCUGGGUAAUUUCAAGCUGGAUGUGGCAACUGUGUGGAAUCAAACAGAUCGGCAGUUCUAUCACAAAUGGGCGUUACUUACUGACCCUGACGACGUCACCUCUGGUCCAAAAGGGUAUCUUAAGUGUGACAUUAGUGUUAUUGGAAAAGGCGACCAAGUCAAAAUACCACCAAAGAGUGAAAAGGAUGAAGAUGACAUUGAAGCGAAUCUACUGCUUCCGGACGGUGUUACGAUUGAUCGUCAGAGAGCGAGAUUUAUUAUCAAUAUAUAUAAGGCUGACGGUUUACCUAAAAUGGAUACCUCUUUACUUGCGAACAUCAAAAGCGCAUUUACUGGUGAAAGCCAAGACAUCAUUGAUCCUUAUGUACAAGUUUCAUUUGCUGGAAUGACAGGAAAGACAUCAGUGCAAAAAAACUGUUCUGCCCCAGUUUGGAAUGAACAAAUUGUAUUCACGGAAAUGUUUCCACCUCUAUGCCAACGUCUCAAAAUUCAACUAAGAGAUAAUGUGGCCAUACAUCCUAGUAUAAUCGCCACCCAUUUCAUUGAUUUAAAUACUAUUUCACAUGAUGGGGAAAGAGGAUUUCUGCCAACUUUUGGACCAGCCUACAUAUAUAUGUACGGAUCUACUCGUGAAUGCGCUCUAUUAGAUCAAUCAUCUAAUUUGAAUAAAGGAAUGGGUGAAGGGGUGCAAUAUAGGGCAAGAAUUCUAAUAUCUAUACGCACUGAAGUGAUUGAUAAUUUUGAAACGCCAUCAUCGGAAGUUGAAGUUGAACCAAUAAUGCCAAUAAACGAAUUUAUCUAUGGGAAACACGAGGAGUUUUUCUUGUUCGGAAGUGUUUUUAAUGUGAAUAUGAUUGACAAAAAGUUAAGCGAUAAGCCGAUCCACUUUGAACUCAGUAUCGGGAAUGCCGGCAAUUCGUUAGACGGCCCUCACUCAUCGAUGAGGAGACCGCAAGACUUGGGUGUCGAAUCUUUAGAUGAACUCAAAGCCGAUACUGGAUACUGGCAAAGCACAAGUUUCCCUAUGAAAGCUCAGUCAACUGAUAGAUAUUAUUACUACCUACCUUAUUGGGACACGAAGCAAUGUAUGCAUGUUCGCAGUAUAUGGCCCGACCAUCGCCGCCGUUUAUAUAAUUCAAACAUGUUGAGCUACAUAAUAGAUAUAUUGGAGGAUGGGAUCACAAACGCUGAAAUGGCUCUAAAAACUAAUGGAAACUUUGAAAAUACAGCUCUAGCAUCAUUGAAGUCUGUGAUGGAAACGGUCAAUCUCUACUGUGCAAAAUAUGUCGAAUACAUGAAGAACGGUCCGCCGCUUGGUAAUACAAAACUUGAUCGAGAAAGAGAAAAGUUAUGCAUUUAUGAAAUUGAACAACUCGCCAACUUGGCUCGAACACUUAAAGCAAUUAUAACAAGAAAUUCCGUGAAAGACCGACUGAAAACCGCCUACGCCUAUAUAAACCGAAUAAGAUAUAUAUGUGAAGACUCACAACAUGCUAUGCCCGAUAUCUUCAUAUGGAUGAUAAGCAAUGGGAAGCGUGUAGCAUAUCAACGCAUACCUGCCCGAGACAUAAUUUAUUCAGAUCGACCUGAUGAAAUUGGCCAACUUUGUGGCAAAAUGCAAACACUUUUCCUAAAGUGGCCAGGAAAGAAAGCAUCGGCACCAAGCGGUUGGUCCGUUCCAGCAAAAAUCGAGAUCUACCUUUGGCUCGGACUCUUGCAAGACAAGCCGCAUUUUAUUGAUGGCUUACCUCGGGGUUAUUCACUAAGUCCAGAAUUAAAAAAUAUAGAACGACCUCGGGCCAACCCGCCGAGCACUAUAUUCUAUUCUGAAAGACAUAAGUUCCAGAUGCGAGCCUACAUUUAUCAAGCGAGGUCAUUAAUUGGCUCUGAUUCCUCUGGGUUGUCUGAUCCAUUCGCUAGAGUUGUCAUUGAAGAUUGUUCUGCGACUACGCAAGUUAUUGACGAAACUCUAAGUCCAACUUGGGAUGAACUCCUCGUGUUUGAUGACGUGACAUUAUACAGCACAAUAGAUGAAAUAAAAAAGAAUGCACCAACUAUAUCUAUUGAAAUUUUUGACCAGGAUAAAGUUGGAAAAUCUGAUUUUAUCGGGCGUGCUUUAGCUAGGCCACAUAUCAAAUCAUUGUAUGAAAAGUACGACGAACCUGACUUUCCACCUCGUCUCCAGUGGUAUAACAUUUAUCGUGGUGGAGAAAGCGCUGGAGAGCUAUUAGCUACAUUUGAACUUCUUGAAGUACCUUUAAAACAGGGAACGCUUGAAUUACCUGAACUUCCAGAACCUAAAGAAUCUAAUGGGAAACCACCAGCUGAUGUUAAUAAAGGUCCGAUACUUCCUGUUCCUGUUGGAAUACGACCAACGUUGUCCAAAUACCGGAUUGAAGUACUUUUUUGGGGCUUGCGAAAUUUGAAGCGUAUACAUUUGCUUUCGGUUGAUAAGCCUAGAGUUGAUAUCGAAUGUGCCGGUCACAUUAUACACUCCUCUAUAAUACAAAAUACUAAAAGGAAUCCCAACUUUUCAAAUCCCGUUAAAUACAUAGACGUGGAAUUGCCUGAUCAAGAUCUUUAUCGUCCACCAUUAACUAUUCUCGUAGUGGAUUGUCGCAGCUUUGGUAGAGUCACCUUAGUUGGUACUCAUACUAUCAAUUCCAUCCAUAAAUACAUGUAUACACCAAUGAGCAAACGUGAAAGAGAAAUAGAAGAGCGGACAAAAUCUUUAAUACCACUUCAAAAUGUUGACUUGCAUAAUAAUCGUAUAAUCCAAGACGAUAUCAUUAUGACUACAGAUGACAGAGAAUGUUGUCCGUUAAUUAUACCCGAUUAUCCCUACGGUACCUCUUAUGGCUCAGAUGUAACAUCUCCAAUGCGCAAGAAAAUACCUGGAUAUCCUAAACGUCAACUUAAUAGAAAGCGUAAACAAAGCUCGGAGACAAUACCGGAGGAUGAAGAGGACAAGGAUUGGUGGUCAAAAUAUUUAUUCUCAGUUGACAACAUGAUAGAUGAAGAAAAGGAAAAAAAGGAAAGUGAAGAUUUGUUGCAACCUUGUCAAUUAAGUUACAUGGAUGAGACUCACUCACCGCGAGAUGAACGCACAAGACGGCGUCAAACUGUAUCGCCAAAGUCUAAGAUGAGCCCAACAAUCGCUAGUAUCUGUGAAAUACCAUAUUCAAAUUUGGCUAAAAUAUAUCCACAUGAGUUAGAAGCCGUACCAGAUUAUGAACAGUUCAAAGACUGGCUACAUUCGUUUGACCUUUACCGUGGCAAGCAAACUGGAGAUGAUACAGAGGAUGAAAGUCGCAUUGUUGGCACAUUUAAAGGAGCUCUUAAAGUAUACAAAUGGCCAUUAUCAAAAAAUAUUGACGAUCAUAAUUCGCUUGGAUUUGAUCCCAACAAUGGAUUUUUCCAGACAGUUCCAAGUAAUGAGCCGAUUCGCGUUUUAAUAAGAGUCUACAUAGUAAAAGCUACUGAUUUACAUCCUAUGGAUUUUAAUGGAAAAGCUGAUCCAUACAUUGUACUUCAUCUUGGAUCACGAAAAAUAAGCGAUAAAGAAAAUUACCAAUCCAAACAGCUAAAUCCUGUGUUUGGACGAUGUUUUGAAACCGAAGCUACUUUCCCACAAGACUCCAUGUUAACAGUUCAAGUUCUUGACUGGGAUUUGCUAGGAAAAGAUGAUUUGAUUGGAGAAACAAAAAUUGAUUUAGAAAAUAGAUUCUACAGCCGCCAUCGAGCAACUUGUGGACUACCGAUGAAAUACGACGAAGAGGGAUAUAACCGUUGGCGUGACGCAUUGAAACCAACUCAGAUUUUGGCUAAAUUAUGCAAAGACGUAAAAAUAGAUGCUCCUGUAUAUGAAUAUGGUCGUGUAAGAGUUGGUAGAACAAUAUUCAACAUGUGUAUGGACGACCCGGAAUUGUUUACUGAUCCCGAUACAAUUCAAGAACAAAUGGCAUUGAACGUUCUUCGGCGCUGGCAUGAGGUUCCCCGUCUCGGGACGCAUCUAGUCGUCGAACAUGUAGAAACCCGGCCACUUUACAAUCCUAGCAAGCCCGGUAUCGAACAAGGCCGAAUUGAAAUGUGGGUGGAUAUGUUCCCUAUGGACAUGCCUCUUCCGGGACAAUCCGUAAACAUCGCACCAAGGAAACCUAAAGCUUAUGAAAUGCGAGUCAUCAUAUGGAACACCGAUGAUGUAGUUCUUGAGGACGAUGCCUUCUUUUCCGGCCAAAAAAUGUCUGACAUCUAUGUAAAAGGAUGGCUGAAAGGUCCCGAUGAUUGUCAAAGUACUGACAUACACUACCGUUCAUUGACUGGCGAAGGGAACUUUAACUGGCGUUUUAUAUAUCCCUUUGAUUACUUAAAGGCCGAGGAGCGUAUUGUCACAUCAAGAAAAGAAUCCAUGUUUUCUUGGGACGAAACUGAAUGUAAAAUACCAGCUCGGCUGGAAUUACAAGUUUGGGAUUCAGAUCACUUUUCAGCGGAUGAUUUUUUGGGGGCUUUAACUUUGGAUCUAAAUCGCUUCCCCCGUGGUGCAAAAUCAUCUAAUCUUUGCAGCUUGGAGAUGUUACGAAAUGACGGUACAGUGCCAAUGGUUAACAUUUUCAAGCAAAAGCGCAUAAAAGGCUGGUGGCCUUUUUACACUAAACGGGACAAUGAAGAAAUGGAGCUCACGGGCAAAGUUGAGGCUGAAAUACAUUUACUUACUCGGGAAGAAGCAGAGAAAAUGCCAGCAGGAUUAGGACGGAGUGAACCAGAUCCAUUGGACAAACCUAAUCGUCCUGAUGCAUCAUUUAUGUGGUUCUUGAAUCCACUGAAAUCCAUACGCUACAUUCUCUGGCACAACUACAAAUGGACCAUCAUAAAAGUCGGAAUGGUCAUUGCAUUUGCUUUAAUGAUCUUAUUGUUCGUGUACGCAUUUCCUGGCUAUACAGUGAAGAAGUUCCUUGGAGCUUAAACAAACAGCAAACAGCAGCUUCAGACAACAAAAAAAUAUAAAAAGCAGUUAAAAAUUAUUACAAUGUCAACUCACAGAGACAUAAAACUAAAAAUAGUAAUGAAUAGAGACUUUGUCACGGAUAAGUCCUGUAUAAAUACAUACCUACUGUCGUCGUAUUAAAUCAUCCAUCCAAUUUGACGAUCGCAUAAAAACUCAUUAUGACACACCUGUAUCAAAAAUAACUUAAUUAAAUUAAAUUAUUUCGGGUAUAUUAAAAGGUUUAUUCGUAUUGCACAUAUCAAUUCAAACCUUUUAACGAAUUCCCUUAGUCAAGAUAACUUGUUCCAACCCCUUGUUCUGGCACAUAGCAUUCCGGUAUGAGUCACUCAGACACAUACCGGACAUACAUACAUACCUUAUAUCGGGCUCUAAAAUACGUAGGUGAGGAGACUGAAACCAUACUAAUAGCUUUACAAAGCCUAUUUAGGGAUCACUCAGAAUAUCUCGGAGUUAUCAGCGAGAAACAUGCAUAUCAAUAUAUUCGCGUUCUGAAAGAUUUUCACGAAAUAUAUAAAGAUAAAAUCUUAGUAAUCAUGGAAUCAUAGAGUAUGAGGGUAAAUACGAUAUCAAUUACCAACACGAAAUACAUUACUGACACGCUACCGGUGUAAGACAGCAUCCAUAAAGCCGUUUGUCCACCACCGCCAUCACCGGGAUGUCACCGAGAACAAGAUUAUUUCGGGCCAAGUUUAAAAUGACGUGACGGCGAUCGUGUGUCCACCGCGCCGAUAGUGGCUCAGUUCUAGAGCUUUAUCUUGUUUUUAAUCGCCAAGUUUGUAAGGAGCUGCAACCAUUACACCAUGUUCCAUAUGACGGGCGUGCGGUGGACACAUGGUCAUAUUAAAUGUAUGUAUCGCUAAAUCGGCGCCGUCAUCUCGUUCUCGGUGACGUCCCGGUAACGGCGGCGGUGGACAAACGGCCAUAGACGCAAAUAGAACUGAAACUGUUAAAUCUCGACGAUAUUGAACAUUUGUCAUGAAGUAAUCGAACACAAUAUUAAAGUUACCGUAUUAAAACACGGUUAAUUAUCUCUUUUAUAAUCAUGAUCUUAAGUUGAAACCGCUCAAAUUGUCAGCAUAGUUUGGAUCUAAAAUUGUGAUAUUUCACGAGUUUUUUUUCAUAUAAAGUGUUCUUCACACUGCGUGACACCAAAGACAAUUAACUUUAGUUUUUAGUGUAACGCAAAUUGAAUAGGCUGACUUUUUUGUGGUUUUUAAAGCUUAGAUCUGAAAUAGAAUAUGUUUUAUGUGUCUAUCUCAUACCUAUUUAUAAUAUUUUAUAUCAAACACCUUCUUAACUAAGUAUGUAUUAUAAUUAUCAAUAUUAUCUAUGUAUUUGAGACUUGAUAAAAACUUUGUAAUAUCACUUACAUUCAUUUCAACAUAUGAAAUAAAAUAUUUCUAAACUUUAAUAGAUUCUAUAUAUACUUUUGAAUAAAUUUACAACUUUCUAAAAUAAAUAUAUUAUUAUCUAUAAUCUAAUAAAUUUCCUUAUAAUUUUUGGGUGGUUAAUGUUUUUAUAACAUAUACACAUAUAUAACAUUAGUCGUUAUGAAGUAGGGUAUUAGAUUCGUAAUCAAUGUAUGUAUAUUCAUAAUAUUCUAAAUCUUACUCUGCUAUAUUUUCUUAUUGGAAUUGAUAAAGUCUUAUUUAUAAAAACUAAAUCGGGCUAAUUUCACCUUUUAAUAAAUAUUUUAUCACUUUCCAUCAAAUUCUCUGUAUGCUGUGAUAGAAUGUGACAGAUCAGUUCUAGAAAUAUGCCAGAAAAAUCUUUAAGAAUGUGCUUUCUCCAACCACAUCUGUUAUUAUGAAUAUUUGUUUUCAUGUGUGUAUGGCUACGUAUUCAUAACUCAUCAAGACAAAAGUACUUUGCAACGAGCGCCUUUUUUUAUUGUUUGACGUCAGUUCGGAUUAAUACCUGUGGCUGAGUAUCAUCAUCGGAGGUCGAGGCAGAAUACGAAAUUCCACCCGUAUCACCUCGACGUCCUUCGUUCCACAUAUGAGCGUUAUUUAAGGCAGUUUUUGCCACGCCCCAUGCGGAACCAUGUGAAACCACCUAUCCACUGAAGUAUUUUCGAAACGUUUCGAGUUAGGGUACUUCAAGGAGCGUAACGAUCUUAAAAGGCCGGCAAGGCACUCGCGAGCGCUCUGGCUUUGAGAGUGUCUAGAUGAGCGGCGGUGUCACUUAACAUCAGGUGGGCCUCCUGCCCGUUUGCUCUUUUAUGAAAAACCUCAGAGGCGUUAGCAGCUAUUUGAGAUUGAGUCAUUCCGAUAUGCUACAAUAUGAAGGAGGUGAGAGUGUAAAUAAGAACUCAUGCGUUUUCUAUGAUUGGACAAACGGAUGUAGAUAACAUUAUGACGUAUGUCGUGUCAACAUUGGCCUAGAGAUGUUGUUGAAAAUCGAACGAAACGGUCUGUAGUUUUGUUUUUUUUUUCUAUUUUAUCUGGUCUCCGCAAAAUACUUUUGUCGCUACGUAAAAUACAUUAUAAUUAUAUCUAAGUAGGGUUUGGUUAUAAGAAGUGUCACGUAUCUAUGGGUUAUAUAUUCCGUUUAAUACCGUUUCAAUUACUAUGUACCUUAUAGUUUUACAUAUUUAAGAUAAUAUAUUUUUUAAUACAUCUGGUAAAAUUUUGUUAUAUUUUUAACACUCCUUUUGCGUAUGUUUAAAAUAAUGAACCCGUAUUCUUCUGUCUUCGUUAAAUGUAAUCUUUAAAUAUAUAAUUAGUGUUAGUUUUCAAGUAGAUAUAAAUAUUAAUAAAUAAUAAAACCUUAAUAUUUAUAUGUUUUCUGAUGAUAUAUAAAAAAAUCAUUGACUCUGUAUCUGCUGCAGCUCAUAUAAAAAAGGUAUCUUUUGAUAUUUCCAAUAUACUGUAAUUCAUUGAAUAUUUCGAAUUUUGAAAAUGUCUUAUUAUAUAAUCUAGUUAGGUGUUAAGAAUUAUGUUAGACCAAAACUACUAUUGGCUUUUUGAUGUUCUUAUAACUAGGUAUAUCUAUAUGUAAAAAGACUUACAUAUGAUGAUAAGUUUAACUGGGGGCCUACUACGAUGUUUCAAUGAUGGUAAACUUUUCCAGUGUUCCGUUCGAUACUAAGCCUACUUUCAGGCCAAUAUUACAAUUAGCAAAGCCUUGUUCUGUGUGUUUCUAAAAUUAAACGGUUCAACAAAAUUUCAAAAUGACACUAUCGAAUGACGUGCGUAAACCAAAUUGUGGUCAGCGAAAAAAAAAACAAUUUAGGGGUACUAAAAGUAUUCUACGCGCUUCCCCUGACCACGCACAUUUAACUAUAGCACAGCCGGAGUUACGUUUAAACUAAAUGUAAACCUACAUGAUUUUAAUUAAAAUUAAAACUAUUUUAAAAAAUAUAAACGCGAAAGUAUAACAUUAUUGGUCGCUAAUCACGAUUGCUGUAAAACAUUCGAGUUAUCAAAAGUAAAAUUUUAUUCAAAUGUAUAGUACUCACGUAAUCCAAAUACAAUAUUAUUCUUUUACUUUGAGAUUACCUGCACAGAACUUGGCAUUAAAAACGUUCCUGGUAGGCCGCCAUUGCUAUUAACCGAUGACUCUGUCCUUAUACUACAUUUAUACA